CCUCCUCCCCCUCCUCUCCUCUAUGGGCAGAGGAGGCUGUGGCGACGGCUGGAGAAGUCGGCGGCGGAGGAUGGAGGAAGGAGGCGGCGGCGCGCGGAGCCUGGUCCCCGGCGGGCCAGUGUUAUUGGUCCUCUGCGGCCUCCUAGAGGCGUCCGGCGGCGGCCGAGCGCUCCCCCAGCUCAGCGAUGACAUCCCUUUCCGUGUCAACUGGCCCGGCACCGAGUUCUCUCUGCCUACAACUGGAGUUUUGUAUAAAGAAGAUAAUUAUGUCAUCAUGACAACUACACAUAAAGAAAAAUAUAAAUGCAUUCUUCCCCUUGUGACAAGUGGGGAUGAGGAAGAAGAAAAGGAUUAUAAAGGCCCUAAUCCAAGAGAGCUACUGGAGCCACUAUUCAAACAAAGCAGUUGUUCCUACAGAAUUGAGUCUUAUUGGACUUAUGAAGUAUGUCAUGGAAAACACAUUCGGCAGUACCAUGAAGAGAAAGAAAGUGGUCAGAAAGUAAAUAUUCAUGAAUACUACCUUGGGAAUAUGUUGGCUAAGAACCUUCUAUCUGAAAAAGAACAAGAAGCAGAAGAAAAAGAAAAAUCUAAAGAGAUUCCCACUAAAAAUAUCGAAGGUCAGAUGACACCCUACUAUCCUGUGGGAAUGGGAAAUGGUACACCUUGUAGUUUGAAACAGAACCGGCCCAGAUCAAGUACUGUGAUGUACAUUUGUCAUCCUGAAUCUAAGCAUGAAAUUCUUUCAGUAGCUGAAGUUACAACUUGUGAAUAUGAAGUUGUCAUUUUGACACCACUCUUGUGCAAUCAUCCUAAAUAUAGAUUCAGAGCAUCUCCUGUGAAUGACAUAUUUUGCCAGUCACUGCCAGGAUCACCAUUUAAACCCCUCACCCUGAGACAGCUGGAACAGCAGGAAGAAAUACUAAGGGUGCCUUUUAGGAGAAAUAAAGAGGAAGAUUUGCAGUCAACUAAAGAAGAGAGAUUUCCAGCAAUCCACAAACCCAUUGCUGUUGGUUCUCAGCCGAUGCUCACAGUUGGAACGACCCACAUAUCCAAAUUGACAGAUGACCAACUCAUAAAAGAGUUCCUGAGUGGUUCUUACUGCUUUCACGGGGGUGUUGGUUGGUGGAAAUAUGAAUUCUGCUAUGGCAAACACGUACAUCAAUACCAUGAGGACAAGGAUAGUGGGAAAACCUCUGUGGUUGUGGGGACAUGGAACCAAGAAGAGCAUAUUGAAUGGGCUAAGAAGAAUACUGCUAGAGCUUAUCACCUUCAAGACGAUGGUACCCAGACAGUCAGGAUGGUGUCACAUUUUUAUGGGAAUGGAGAUAUUUGUGAUAUAACUGACAAACCAAGACAGGUGACUGUAAAACUAAAGUGUAAAGAAUCAGAUUCUCCUCAUGCUGUUACUGUAUAUAUGCUAGAGCCUCACUCCUGUCAGUAUAUCCUUGGGGUUGAAUCUCCAGUGAUCUGUAAAAUCUUAGAUACAGCAGAUGAAAAUGGACUUCUUUCUCUCCCCAACUAAAGGGUAAUAAAGUUUGGGGAAAGAAAAGAUCAUUGAAAGUCAUGAUGAUUUCUGUCUGACCAUGUGUCUCAUUAUAGAGUUCUCGGCCAUUGAACCUCAUCUAAAGGAUCAUAUAAAAGGACUCUCAACCACUUUGUGAAUAUAUAUGUGUAUAUAAGAGGUUAUUGAUAAACUUCUAAGGCAGACAUUUGUCUCACUUUUUUCAUUUUUGUUGAGUCUUAUGAACUGAUUGUGUUUUCUUUGCUUGGAUAACGUGAUUCCAAAAUAAAUCUCAUCCAAGCAAUUUAGAGUUCAGAGCCUAAUGAAAUGUCAUAAUCGUUGUACCCACUGAAAGUUUAUAAAUAAUAGAUUUAUUAUGUAAAUUAUAGUAUAUAUAACUAGUUAAUGAAGUAAAGAUAAUAAAGAAAGAAAUUGAUAGGAAGUUGCUUAAAUGGGAGACCGUGUAAAAUAUGUAAAUUCUAGUGCCUGAAAUCCUUUGAACAAAUUUUUAUUUAGCAGCUGCUCUCUACCAGGUAUUAAACUAGAAACUGGGCACGUACUAGAGCCUCACAUGUACGUUUCCUUCACCUCUGUUAAUCUCUAGAAACUCUAAUUUGUAAUAGAUUGCUUCUCUCUCAGAACCUUUAUCUGUCUCUUUCUCCUUGAUCUGAGUGUGUUUACCCCAAAGUAUGUACCUGGUGUAGACAGUCAGUGAUUCCUCUCUUUUGACUUAGAAUGGUUUACUCUAACAAAACACACAAUGCUGGUUAUCCUUGGUACUUGCCUACUGUAUACUACAGAUUUUAGUUCUGGACAGUUAUACAGCAUAAUAUUUAUUUUAAAGUGAAUAAAACGUCCACAAGCAGUGUUGUCAUGUAGUCAAUGGCAGAUUAUUCAGUUCCUUUAUUUUCUCCAUUACCCUGUUGCACACAACAUUAUCUUGUUGUAUUUUGAACGGGACAUAUCUAAAUAAGGACAGAAAAGUGGCUGUAAAAUACUUUACUUUUCCUCCUUUUCAGUAGCUCUGGCCAAAGAUAUUUUAGUGUGAGAAAAGAUUAAUGCAAUUGACUGUUGGAGGGCUAUUUGUACAUUUUAGUAGGAAGCAGCACAUACACAAAGAACAUGCACUUUGAAUUCAAACCUGGGUCCAGAUUUACUAGUUGUGUGAUCCUGGACAGAUCAGUUAAGGUCUUGGAGCCUCACUUCCUCUUUUGUGGAGAGUCUGCUUACUUCAUAAGGUGGUUGCAUCAGUGCAUUAAUUUUACUGUAUAUAAAAAGUUUAGCUCCAGUACUUGACACCAGGUUCCCAAUAAGUGUUAGUUAAUUUCCUAAUACUGCCUCUGUCUCCUAUUAACAUAAUAGAUCAGAGACCAAAGCCUUUAAAAUGUUUCUUUAAUAAAUUAUAGAAUCAUAUUUAUUAUAUCAAUGAAUUAAGACAAACAAAAUUACCCUCACAUUUAGAUUAUAGGUUGGCGGGGGAGGGAGUUAGAAUUGUGAAAGGGUAGUGGCAAAAGACACUUUGAGAAUAUUUAGGCCAAAUCCUUUUUCUUAUGAAAGGAAAAUUCUAAGACUCUGUAUUGGAGUAGUUUACCACAGAUUCUUAAAAAUGGAAGUCAUAAUUAUUUCAAAAUAAAAGUUUUGAAAAAAGAAGUCAGCUUGUGUCUUGGCUAACAGUUUCAACUUGAAGGGAGGGAAAGGCCAGGUAGUUCCGUAUUCCUUCUAACUCUUGGGUCCCCUAUCAGUAGUCUGUGAAGUCUCGUUUGAUCUCUAAAUUGUUUGCUGCCUCUACAGCCAGCCGUUCUUCUAUUAAGUAGACUGAAUUCCUAACAGACAGGAGAAAGGGCUCAGCUCCAAUAUGCCUCGUUCUCAAUAAGUCUCGAAGUACCUUAGGCACAUUGGAGCUGAGCCCUUCCCCUGCCUGUCUUUCUCAAAGUGGAGUCUAUUAAGGGGGCUGCUAUCCCAGACCUACUCAAUCAGAUUCUUGCAGGCAGAGCCUGUAUCUGCAUUUUAAAUAUGCUUCCUGAGUGAUUCUCUUUAUUUUAAAUAAAUUCUCCAAUGAUUGAGAAUCACUGACUUAGGAAGUUCACUGUUAACAGUUGCACACAUAGUAACCCUCCUGAUUAGGGUUUGAGGGAAAUAACUUGUAGCUCAUCUUUACAAGCAGAUUAUGACAGGGAGACAUUUUUUUUUUUUUUUUUUUUUUUUAGUUUUACCUGCUUUUCUUUGAGACACCACUAGAUGGAGCUUAUAGCCCAGCUCUAUUUGUAUCCUUAUAUCCUUGAUUAAAGAGACUUUGGCAACAAACGACAAUAAAUUGUCCCAGUUCAACUGAAUAGUAAGCUUUGUGUACAGUCCCUGGUGAACUAUCCUUUUCAGUCAGUCUGAUGUACAAAGGCCUGACCUGAUUUCUGACAGUGCUGAAACUUCCUGUAUGUAAUCAGGCCAAUUAUUGAACCAGAAGCACCAAAGAUCUAACAUAAAAUGGCUUAAGCUAAAAAGGAAAAUAAAAAUCAAGAUUUAAAUUUUCAAUAAAUAGGAUCUGCAAUCAGAGUUUUAAAUUAAAAAGUAUCAGCUAUCGUAGAAUCUGAUUUUAAAAUUCAUCCUAGUGUUGGAUGAUUAGAAAUAGAACUAUCUUUUAUAUAUAUGGAUGUUAUACAUUAUAAUGAGCUGUUGAGGUAAAAGUUUUCAAAAUAUGUUGCCUUGAUGACAUGGCUUAAAAGAAAAUCCAUUUAUCCAUUUCUUUUUUCCAGCUUAGCAGGAGUGAUAGAGAUACCAUGGACCACUACAUACCCAAGAGCAAGCUUUUUUUCAUAUGCCAGUAGUCUCAAAAUAGGUUGUACAAGCAGGUGAGGUGAUCCAGUGGAUUAUGGGAAGAAAGUAUUAGAAAUUCUACUAAUUUUUCAUCUGCAAAAGAGGAAUUAAGCUUCACUAAUAUUUAAUAGGUGGAUUGACACUGGUAUACACAAUCAUUCAUAAAUCAGAUUUUGUGUGAUAAAACAAAACAUCCUGAGGGGAGGGAAGAGUGGGCAUUACAUGUGUAGAGGAGUCGUUGGGGAUACCAUCGUUAUGCUUUAUUUUUACCAUGUUACAGCAUUGUAGAUAAAGUAAUUAAUGCCUCCAUCACCUUUCAGAAAAUGGAAUUGUCACUUUAAAUAUUAGCAUCAAGACCACACAUUAUUAGGUAUAUAACCAAUCAGAACUAAGGUUAGAGGUUAACAGGUUACUUUCACCACCCUAUGGCCCCAAUCGCUGCCAUCCUGGUAUCUUACAAGGCUUCUCCAUUAGACAUAACACAGUAUACUAAUGCUUUUUUACAGUGAUUAGAAUGAGCAUGUUUUCUUCACUGGCAGAAGAAACUACAGUUUGAAGACGAGUUGAAUUCCACUCUUUAACACUUAGAGAAAAUAAAGGCAGGCCUGACAGUCUCAAAACUUACAAAAUGGAAGGAAGGCAGAAUUACUAACAAAUGGAAUAUAGGGCUUGUAGUGUUUUACAUCCACACUUAUUUGUAUUAAGCAUUUUAGUACUUUUUAUAUUUAAAACAAAAAGUGUUCACCAAAAGCAAGUAAAUCAAGCAGAACUUCUGGAAAUGGUAACCAUCUCAACUGACGAAGACAUUUGUGAGACUGUAAAAUAGUGCCAAAUAUCUCAUUCUAAUCAUGUACCACGUUAUGUAUUUCAAACCGAUUAAAUUGCUUUCCAGUACUUUUCAAUAGA